AUGGGGUGCAGCUCGAGCAAAUCAGAUCCGCAGGUGGUUCCAGUGGGUGUGGCGACCGCAGCCGCGACACCCGCGAGCGAGGAGCCGGGCUCGGGCUCGGCGGACUUUGGCUCCGAUGGCGAGGGCGAGGUGCCCAAGGAAUCUGAGCCUUUUUUGAGCCUAAGCGGCCAUGAAAAGUGGGUUUCAUGUCUAUGCAUGGUCGAUGGCACCACGCUGGCUAGCGGAAGCUUUGAUAACACGGUGAUGAUCUGGGACCUCACGGCAAAGCUUUGCAAGGCCACACUGAAGGGCCACACCAACAGCAUCAAGGCUCUUUGCAGGAUCGAUGCCAGUACCGUGGCCAGUGGGGCUCGCGACAGCACGAUCAGGAUCUGGGACCUUCCCGCCCAAAACUGCAGAUCAGAGCUCCGAGGCCACAAAGGUGAUGUGAAUGCUUUGUGCCGGGUUGAUGCUGCGACUUUGGUCAGUGGCAGCUCGGACGAUUCCAUCAAAGUCUGGGAUCUCUCAGCACAGGGCUCUGUAGAGUCAGCAAGCCUCACCGGACAUGAGAGCUCGGUUCUGGCGCUUUGCAAGCUUGGAGACAGCAGCAUUGCGAGUGGCAGUUUGGAUGCAAGCAUUAAGAUCUGGGAUCUCAGUUCGAAAACUUGCACGGCCACUUUGACGGGCCACACCAGCUCUGUGUGGGCCCUGUGUAGGGUCACGCCCACUCUCCUGGCGAGUGGCAGUGGUGGGGACAAGACCGUUAAAGUCUGGGACCUCCCUUCCAGGGCUUGCAAGGCAACCUUCCAAGGACACCGAGGCGACGUUGUGGCCGUGUGCAAAAUCAACUCGUCCACGAUCGCGAGUGCAAGUGGCGACAGGGAUGUACGGCUUUGGGACCUGACCUCGCAGUCCUGCACGGCCACGUUCACCUUUCACAAGGAUUCGGUUAUGUCGCUGUGCAGAGUUGGGAAUGGCACUGCAAAGCUCGCAAGUGGAGGGCAAGACAACCAGAUUUGCCUGUGGUCGUAG